UUCCAGUAUACAAGCAACAGAAGAGGCAAAGAAGAUGAAGUUGGAUGUUAACGUUUUGAGAUACCUUUCCAAAGAUGAUUUUCGGGUCCUCACUGCCGUUGAGAUGGGCAUGCGCAAUCAUGAAAUUGUGCCUUCUGAGCUCAUUGACCGUAUUGCUUCCCUCAUGCAUGGGGGCUCAAAUAAAGUGUUGAAGAAUUUGCUAAAGCACAAAUUAGUCCAUCAUGAUGCUUCUAAAUAUGAUGGAUUUCGACUCACCUACCUUGGUUACGAUUUUCUUGCAAUAAAAACCAUGGUUAAUCGUGGUGUAUUUAGUGGAGUGGGUCGUCAACUUGGCACUGGGAAAGAGUCUGAUAUUUUUGAGGUCGUAAAGGAAGAUGGCACAGUUCUUGCGAUGAAGUUACGCAGGCUCGGUAGGGUUUCAUUUAGUUCAGUCAAAGCAAAACGUGACUAUUUGAGGCAUCGUAGCAGCUAUAAUUGGCUCUACUUAUCGCGGCUUGCUGCCUUGAAAGAGUUUGCAUUUAUGAAGGCACUAGAAGAACAUGGAUUCCCUGUUCCAAAUGCUGUCGAUUGCAAUCGACAUUGUUUGAUUAUGUCACUUGUACCAGGCUAUCCACUUGUGCAGGUUAAGGAGCUGCAAAACCCAGAUGUGGUUUUUGAAACAAUCAUUGGUGUUGUUGUUCGUCUGGCAGAACACGGGCAAGCACUUUCAGUAUAA